GGAAGGGUAAAAUGAAAUUUAUAGUCAUUGUAUUUUCUCCAAUUUUUCACCUUGGUCCGUGUAGUUCCAAUAUUUGCAAUUAAGGGCCUCUGGUUUAAUCAAGUUUGCAAUCGACUCUAAUUCGUUAAGUCUGUCAAACGAGUUGACCGAAAGAUGACGUGUUUAGCAAAGUGUUUUCUGCCUGAUCCAAAUUGUCUAUGUUAUCCCUGCAAGUGCUAAUGCAUUGCUCUCGUUAUCUUUUCAUCCUUGACAAAUUUAAUGCAUUGUUGUUGAUUUCCAUUUAAGUAAACUAAUGUCUUUAUUGCCAAAAUUGAAACUACAUGGAACAAAGUAGAAAUCAAGAAUACUAUGAGAAUUAUGCAUGUUAUUUGGCCAAAAAGAAAAACCGGCAGUAACCGGCCAUUACUGUCUCCAAUGCAUCUUUUACUUUGCCGUUUUUCAUCAAAAAUAUUCUUCUGCUUAGUAACGUACAUACUUUUGUCAAAGGUCCGCGACUUUGGUCGAUACAGAAUACUUUCCUAAUUGACGUGUCAGAGUCUUAUCUUUAUAAGUCAUAGCUAAUUCAUAUUUGGUAAUUGGGAUUCUCUAUUCAUUAAAAGGCUAUCUGGGCCUUGCCAAAAUCUUUCUCAUUUAUUAUUUUACCUAUCCCAGUCCUCUCAACUGUGAACGAGUGCAUUCAAGGCUAGAGAUAUUAUGCAUUUGUCAAGUUUUGUAUGGUUCAGGAUAGGGAAUGUCAAAUGAAAAUGACUAGAGUCUUUGAUUUGUCCAAAUCAAGCAUUGCUAUUACAGGUACGCCCUUGAACUUACAUGGACUGCGAUGCAUUGUAUUGUACCUCUUCUUAAUUAUCGUAUCUGGCAUGCUUUGUGGCCAUAUCAAGUUAGAUGUGAAUUGUUAGAAGCGCUCUCUCUCUCUCUCUCUCUCUCUCUCUCUCUCUCUCUCGCUAAAGGUUAAAAGGAUAGAAGUAAGGCUGUGUAAGAUUUUAUCCUUUAUUCCAGUUCUUCUUCCGAUACUUUACCUCCAAUUCUCAAAGAUAACCAAAUAACUUUCUGUUCUUCUACGAGUGAUCAGUGAGUUCUGUCUUCUCUAUGGACGGCCAACAAGACAAUGCUAUUCAACCAUUUGAUGAAGCAUGGUUUGAUGUGGCUAAUCCAUGUGGGAAAGAAUUUGAACUGCCAAAUGCCUCUUCUCCUAUCCACCCACGAUGGAGUGACAAAAGCAACAACUUGGUUUUCUUGCAAGACCAACAGAUUCAUACUCCAGAUAUACUUGAAAAUUCUUAUGACCUGGAGACAAUCCGACCUUGUGCUGGAAAUCAAGUGGAUUCUUGUCCAAUCAUGGAAAUGGGGACUUCAAUAGCCAACUUUGUUCCAAUAGUCAAUCCACAAGAAGGUACUUCCAUAGGUAACCACAAGGUCCACUUUCCUAGAUCAACUGGUGUACUUAAAUCUGAAUUUGAGGGUGCCUUUCCUGAGGUAAAUCAACAUGUUUAUGCGCCCACCUCUGCUAGCUAUUCUUGGAAGGGAGUAGAUAUUAAUUUUCCUUUAAGAAAUCAAGAGUCUCAUGUUGUUAACUCUACCAAUUCACCAUCCAUUAGUUCAACCAAGUCCUUGUGUUUGAAAAACAAUCCAACCCAUGCUCCCAGAUUUCCUAAUACAUCUGGGUUUGGCCCAAGUGUCUACAUCCCUCCUGGUAAACAAUUAACUCACUUCUGUACUUCAUCAAAUGCAUUUCGAUUAAAUUCAGAUGAUUACAUCAUCAAAGAUCAUGUCUGCUCGGGAUUCCACUUUACUAUCCUUGGUCUAAUUUCUAGCUCUGGAUCCUCAUCUUCUUUAGGAUCAAGUGGCUGUCGCCCUGUGAGAAACCAGGAAAUCAGAUCUUCUAGCUUCACUGAUUCACCAUCCUUACAAAAUGGCUUGUCUGUUCGGUCGAAUCAAGUGGCUUACAAAUUUGGGGGUAGUGCAAAUGGGGACAUAAAUCAUGGUCUAAGCCACCUUCAGGCUGUUAGCCAUGGUACAGGAAUUACAUCAAAUGUGCCUGUCCCAGUGGAAAACCAAGUAGAAACAUCAACCCGAGCUCCUCGGUCUAAUUGUCACAGUUCAGAAAAGAACCAAACUUUUGGUCCUAGCUCAUCCAAGAAUGGCCGCUGUGAUGUAAAAUACACAUGCAAGAUCUGUAAGAGAGAAUUCCCUAAUUAUAAUUCCUUAGGAGGGCAUAUGAGUUUUCAUGCAAAGAUGAAAAAGGCGAAGAGAAAAUUGGACAGCUAAAAAGAUGCCUUGCAUAUACUCCUUUGGGUCAAGUAAUGUAUAAAGGGCCAUGAAGAUUAACAUUCAGGAAAGUGACUCCUAAAAUAAGGUGAAACAGGGGUUAUUAUUCCCCUCCAGAGAAGAAUUUUAGAGGAACAUUCUCCUUCUGUAUGAGAUUGUGAAAAAUGGAUGCUGUCAACCACACAAGAGAUAAAGGGAAGAAAUGUCCUCACCAAAGUAUAUUGUGGAGAGCCAAAUCUCUCAACGAUGCAAAAUUUCAAAAGAAAGAAUUGUCUUCGCCUAGGAUUGAGCAUAAUGGAGGCCUGACAACAUUUUAUCCCUGCCAGCACAAUCCUUCUAUAUGAAUGUUGCGUUCAAGAGUGUUACUCUGCAGAUCUUAAUCUCAGUGGACAUAUUUUUCUUAGUUUUUUUUUUUUUUUUCUUGUCCUUAGAUUUAAUGUAGGACCUUGAUGUGAAGUAACUUUAGCUCUUUCCUUAAUUGAGCAAUCAUUUUUCGCUUUUCCCUUUUUGGUUUAAGUCCAUCUCAAUGUGGUUCGUGUGGAUGUGAAGUUAAAAAUCAAAUUAUUUGCAAUUAUUGAAUGCUGGUUUUAUUUA